UCGGUUGCAGCGAUAAAAGGCUAAGGAACGGCUUCGCCCGCCCCGCAUCGCUCUCUUCUUCGUCCGAUUCAAGUACGCUGCCGUUGCUGACCGAAACCCUAGAGCUUCUGCUGUGUUCGGAUCGAUCGCCGUAGAGGAUGUCCGGAGCUGGAAACGAGGAAGACAAGAAGCCGGCGGAUCAAGCGGCGCACAUCAAUCUCAAGGUCAAGGGGCAGGAUGGAAAUGAAGUGUUCUUCCGGAUCAAGCGCAGCACUCAGCUGAAGAAACUCAUGAACGCCUAUUGUGAUCGCCAAUCUGUGGAUUUCAAUUCCAUUGCUUUCCUGUUCGAUGGACGUCGGCUCCAUGGCGAACAGACUCCAGAAGGGCUUGAGAUGGAAGAUGGCGAUGAGAUUGAUGCCAUGCUGCAUCAAACUGGAGGUAGCCUUCAAAUCUAGAGAAACAUUUCGGUUCUUGAUUUUGCUAAAAAUUAUGACUGUAAUGCAUAUAUUUGCUAGCUACAUGUUUUAGUUGCUCAAGAGUGAUUGGUGAAGCUUAUAUAACUGGUACAUGUAUCGCGAUGCUCCAAAUCUUCUCUAUUUUCAGUGGUUGUGUUUUGUUGAAAACUAUGUUUGCCUUUCUGCGUGUUCUUGUGUAAGUUCAAACCUUAUUACUCAUCUGAAAAGCACAAGCAGUAAAGGGGGCUAGUUUUGAGUUGGGCUCAUGUACAAAAAGUUUUUUAUUGUUGAAAAAUAUUUGAAUAAGAGCUUUGUUUUUUAAAA